UAUAUUUUACGUGGCGCGGUUCCUUAUCCUGGCGGAGACCCCCCCGAUGGAGCGAGGGGCCCCCACGACUUCAUUGAAAUAAAACGUAUAGCUUUCAAUCACUUCCCACUUCCCCCUUUUAUAUCCACACGUUUGACAUCUACGCCUGUAGCGCCGGAGCGCUUUGCGAGUGCGGCGGUGGCCUUUCGUGCCGCGGUGUUUGUAGAGGCGUGACAUUAGCGCCGACCCGCCGCCUAAGCUCAGCCAUAAUCCGCCGUUAAUUGGCAACCUCGUCGGGGUCGAGCGGGUCGCCCGUGAAAGCCCCCCUGGCACGUAUGUUGUCAAACACUGUCUCGUUACUGUCAAAGCUUCAAAGUCAAAAAGAGCAUCGGGGGAUUACGUCUGCAAAAAUCUCUCCACCCUUCAUUUAUUCAUUUAUUUGUUUUUGCUGAUUUUCAAUUUUGUUUUGAAUGAGUCAAUUAUUUUUUGGGAUGUAUUUCUGUACUUGCUCUUGUCAGACCUUGCCUGUAUUGUCCUCUCAUCUCCAUCUUUUCUGACACGAGAGUCGCAAGCCGCACCAGGUAAAACGCCCCCCUCGCCCCCCCCCCCGACUAAAAGUGUUCGGCCUUAUGUUUGUUACAUGUUAAAUUGUGAGUUUUGUGAACAUUGCCCACUAUUUUUUUUUAAUUGGUUUGAGGACAGCACAUUGCCGUUUACAAAAAUUGAUGCAAAAAAUAAGAUUGAAAGAGUAAAAAAUAAGGCAAAAAUAAAGUCGAGGAGCUUCAUUGAGACAAAAGUAGUGCUUUGCCACCAUCCCGUGGCACCUUGGUGGCAAGGAAUAUGCUGAAGUGAGUUGAGGCGCUUUCAUUUAGAGAACAGUAGUGCUCUGCCGCCAUCUUGUGAAAUCUCGGUGCCUUGGUAUAACUACUAACUAACUGGAACUAACCAACUGUAACUGCUUGGAACUGGGGCCUCAAGGUGGAGGGAAUUACAAACAGUUUGAAAUAGCACAAAUAAUACCGUGUUAGCACAAAACCUUCAGGCUUCUGAUAGAAAGCAGAACAUGUCAGGAAAAGCCUACUAGAACAGCUCGACUUGAUUUGAGAUUAAUCAGAGGCACGUGUAAUUGUGGCCGGUGUGUGCCGACUUCAAUUUAACAUGAGUUUGAAUGUGACUGUUUUGUUGUGAACUAAGCCGUUGUCUCCAUUUCGAAGAGAGCAGAGUGCGCACACUAAUCCAAGCGCAUUAUUUCACUUGUUUAUUUGAACUUCGCCUUUCUAAACUUUAGAUUUUUUCAAUUGAGUUGUGCCAGUUGGAGGUCACAUUGCUGGUGGAAAAACAGGGGUGUGUAGACUUUUGAUAUCCAGUGUAUUUUAUGCUUUGGACCGUUGCCACUCCAAAAGCUUCGGCGGAGACGGCGCCCCCCCCCGAGCGCUCGCCCCCCUCGGCCGAGCGGUCCAAAGACGUCUCCUCGUUCUCCUCAUCCACGUCGUCUCCCUGGGACUCCCCGGAAAACCUUUUCCAAGCCCCCCGUCCGCCGCCCGCCCGGGCCCACAGCGCCCCCAUCACGCUGCCACCCGAACCGGCGGACUCCGUCCGGAGCUCGGCGUGCGGCGGCGAAGACGACGACUCCUCCGUGUCUUGGUCCCAGAGCCAGUGGAUCGCCUUCGGGGACGACGCGGCUCCCGGCCGCCGCCCCGGCGCCCCGGCCAGGCCCCGGUCCGGCAGAGCCGGCAGAGCCGGCCGCUUCCUGUCGGACGACUCGGCCGACGCCUACGGAAAAGUGGCGCAAGGGUUUUCGGACAGUUUCUCCGGGUUGAGCGACGGGGCCACGCAAAUAUUUCCGGGUAACGUUUGUGACAGACGCUUGAGUUUUGACUUUGUUUGGAGUGCUUGAUUUGAUGAUGGCUUUUUUUUAUGGCUUGUGGCUUGUUUUAUUUAUAUUUUAGUUUUAUAACUUGCUGCCUGAUUUACUUGUAUUGUGAUCUACGUUUCAAAUGUUUACUCGCCUGUUUAUUUAUUUAUUUUGUUAUGAAUUUUUUUGUACUUUGCAAAUUGUGACCCGUUUUUCUGUUUUUUUUCAUUUGUAUUUUGACUCGCCUGAUUUUCUUCUUUGUAGUUGUUUUCUUUUUAUAUUUUAUCGUCUCGUAUACAUUAGAUUUUUUUGUUUUUGAGUAACUGCUGUUUUUUUCUGUUUUGAUUGUUUGAUUUUUACCUUUUACCGCUUUUUUUUAAUUUGCAUUAUUUUUCCUCGCUUUGUUUGAACUGGCUGCUCCUUGUGUUUCUGUUACUUGUUUUGUUUUUUAAAUGUGUGUACCUAUUCGUGUUCUUCAGUCUUGCUGCCUGUGUUUAGUUUGAAAGCAUUUUAUUUAAUUGCCUUUUUUUUCUUUGUGUGUUCUUCCCAUUUGUAUUGUGUGUUUUGUUUUUUGUGAUUUACUUGAUUUGGAAUUUAUUUGGAGUGGUUUUCACUUGAGUUUUCUCUUUAA